AACAGCCGCUGACAAAAAGUGGGACGUUCCCGGAAAAAUCGCUAACCGGAAGGGAAGGCCAGAGCCUCACGAGAAGAAGACAGCCGCAGCACCUGAGACCAGCGAACCAAGAGAAAGUAUUCUCCCACUGGCGAGGUCUCCUCUUCCUCCGGCUCAUCUACCUGCCUGAACUCAACUUGCCCCCCCGUCAAGCUCAGCCUCACCAACCCCCCUUGCCCGAAGCCUAAAGUCAACCAGACUUCCUCCCUCUUCUCCCUGCGUCUUCUUCUUCUUCUUCUUCUUCUUCUUCUUCUCUCUCCCGAUUUUUCCCACACUGCGCUAUGGCAGGGCGAGGCGGACCGGCACGGACCAACGGCACUGCAGCAAGCAACAAGAUCUGCCAGUUUAAGCUAGUGCUGCUGGGAGAAUCAGCGGUGGGAAAGUCCAGCUUGGUGCUGCGCUUCGUCAAAGGCCAGUUCCACGAGUACCAGGAGAGCACCAUCGGAGCUGCCUUCCUCACCCAGACGGUAUGUUUGGACGACACAACAGUCAAGUUUGAGAUCUGGGACACUGCAGGACAGGAACGGUAUCACAGCUUGGCACCCAUGUACUACAGGGGAGCCCAGGCCGCCAUCGUGGUCUACGACAUCACCAACACAGAUACAUUCACACGUGCAAAGAACUGGGUGAAGGAGCUCCAGCGACAAGCCAGCCCAAAUAUUGUUAUUGCACUGGCAGGAAACAAAGCAGAUCUGGCCAACAAGAGAGCCAUAGAUUUCCAGGAAGCACAGGCAUAUGCAGAUGACAACAGUUUGCUCUUCAUGGAGACCUCAGCCAAGACUGCGAUGAAUGUCAAUGAGAUUUUUAUGGCUAUAGCCAAGAAGCUUCCUAAGAACGAGCCUCAGGGUGGACCGGGCGCUGGUGGACGGACCAGAGGCGGCGUGGACCUGCAGGAGGCCGCACCGCAGGGCAGGAGUGGCCAGUGCUGUGGAGGCGGGAACUAACUAAACACAACGAGUCGGCUGAUCCAACCAAUCCUCAGUUUCGAUCAACCAGACCAGAUAUUAGCCAGCUGUCAAACAAUGUCCCAUUGGUCAAAAACAAACCACGGUCGGACCAACAACCCUUCGAGCAACGCUGCACCAAUUAACUGUUUGGCAAACGAGUCCACUGGCCAGUAACCUGCCCCUCUGACGGUCGAACCAUCCACCAGACCAAGAAACCAACCCACAGGCUUAUUUACAGAAUCCUAUUUGAACCCCAGGACUUGCCGAUCCAUGACCUCUCUAUUGAUGAUGGACACUUGACGUCACCUUUGGGGGGGGGAAAAAACGUCCCAUUCAUGGAUGAAGGAAAAAUAAAAUAAAAAGAUCAGUCAUUACCAAUGGCACCUAAUAGGGCCAUCUUGCUCAUCGUUCUUUUCUGUAUUUGUGUAGAGGGGGGG